AUGACCGUUGUUGCCAUUGUUUCAGCCAUUUACGCUUCUAAAGGCCAAAAGAAGGAUGCUCCAGCCAAGAAGCAACGAAGACGCUCUUUUCAACAAGAUUACCACGGUUACAGAACUUUUGCGUUUAAAAUGUUGAAAUCAAUUUUCGCUUUAUCUGCAAUCGCAUCAAAAACUCUCGCUAACCUUGCUAUCACUCAACCACUUUCUGGAGAUAAGGUUGAGGCAGGCAAUGAAUACACGGUGAAAUGGACUCAAAAAGGAGAUAAUGUUACUUUGAGCGAUAUUGGUCAAUCACAUAUUUACCUCUUCGCAGGAAAUGAGUCUUUGGCUAUGGUACCAUUGAGCCAACUUGGUACCGUCGACGCGACUGAAAAAGAAUUCACCACAACGAUCGAUCCAGACGUCGGUCAAGAUGGAAUAUUCUACUCUCUUCGCAUUGUUUCAGACAGUCUCCCAGCUCAGACCGAAGAAGCGUCAAAUUAUGGUUACCCUUACAUCGCAUACACAGGAAUAUUUGGACUCACUGGUAUGACCGGAACAUUCAAUGAGACGCUUCUCAACGCAACUAAUACUGGAAAGGCUGACUAUGACGAUAACAGCGAAUCUUACAACAACACCGAUAACAACAUCAGCAACAGCGAGAAGAACAUCAUUGACGAGAAUGGUGACAGCAGCACCAACAAAAGCACCAGUAACGACAAUGGCAGCGGUGAUAAAGAUGAUGACUCAUCUGCAUCAAAGAGCAAGGCUUUUGCUGCUAUGGGUGCAAUCAUCCUCGGUGCAGCAGUCUACUUGCUCUAA